AGCAGGGAUCUGAUUACUAAUUGUUUGUCAGCGACUCGCAUAUGUGUGUGUGGAGAGAGAGAAAUUUCAAAGCAAAUUAAACACCAGCCUGACACGCACAAAAAUAAUUGGAAGAUCCCUUCUUGCUCUUAAAAAAGAUACAAUGUGGGACUGAGUCCUGAACGUGAAAUCUGAGCGAAUGCGACACAGUGGUGAAAAUCAAACCACAGUUUAAAAAAUACUGGGCUCCACUAAGUGAAAGACAAAAAAAAGGAUCAAAAUUCCUUUUGGGAGCUCAGCAAUUCAGACAGAAGAAAGCCUUUUUUUUUCCCAGGGAGUGAAACUCCGGGAGACCCGUGUGGAUUUUAUUUUCUGGAUCGGGCAUCAAACUUUCCCCUUUUUAUUCCAUUUUAUUUGGAGAUGUCUUGAAUGGAGAUCAUUUUUGACUGCUGCUGUUUCUGAGCUGGCUUCGCUGCUGAGGGUCGAGGCGAAUCCUCAGUGAAUUGGGUUGGUGUUUUUGGGGGAGUUUGGGAUUGUGUUGGAAGCGGGAGAGUUUUUCUAUGGAGUGAUUCAGAUUCCUGCCCCCUAUUAUCAUGACCACAGAAUUACUCCGUUUCUGCCUGGCCGUUGGAUUAAUGUGCAUGACUUCAGGAUCACGCCUUCGGCAGGAAGAUUCCCCACCCCGGAUUGUGGAACACCCGUCCGACCUGAUCGUGUCCAAGGGAGAGCCUGCCACUCUGAACUGUAAGGCUGAGGGCAGACCGAGCCCCACCAUCGAGUGGUACAAGGACGGGGAGCGGGUGGAAACGGACAAGGAUGACCCUCGCUCUCACCGUAUGCUGCUGCCCAGCGGCUCCUUGUUCUUCCUGCGCAUUGUCCACGGCCGGAGGAGCAAACCCGAUGAGGGCAGCUACGUCUGUGUGGCCAGGAACUACCUGGGGGAGGCCGUCAGUCACAACGCCUCGCUGGAGGUGGCAAUUCUCCGGGAUGAUUUCCGACAGAACCCUUCCGAUGUUAUGGUGGCAGCGGGUGAACCAUCCGUCAUGGAAUGCCUACCUCCUCGUGGGCAUCCGGAGCCAACCAUCUCAUGGAAGAAGGAUGGUGUCCACCUGGCCGACAAGGAUGAGAGAAUCACGAUCCGCGGCGGGAAGCUGAUGAUCACCAACACGCGGAAGAGCGACGCAGGCAAGUACGUCUGCGUUGGCACCAACAUGGUGGGCGAGCGGGAGAGCGAGGUGGCCGAGUUGACCGUUCUAGAGCGCCCAUCCUUUGUGAAGAAGCCAAGUAGUCAGGUCCAGCUGGUGGAUGAGACGGUUGAGUUUAAGUGUGAGGCGCGGGGAGACCCCACUCCGACAGUACACUGGAGGAAGGAGGACGGCUUGUUGCCAAAAAGCAGGUCCGAGAUCCAAAGAGGCAAUACGUUGGUCAUUCGACAUGUCACAGCAGCUGACGUGGGCACCUACACAUGUGUGGCCGAGAACAUGGUGGGGAAAACUGAGACUUCGGUCACACUGACGGUGCACGUUGGGUCUAUCGCUCCUCCGCAGUUUGUGGUGAAACCGCGGGACCAGAUGGCGGCCGUGGGGAGGACGGUCACGUUCACCUGCGAGGCAACUGGAAGCCCCCAGCCUGCCAUUUUCUGGCAGAGGGAGGGAAGCCAGAAUCUGCUGUUCUCCUACCAGCCUCCGGAGCCUUCCAGCAGAUUCUCGGUGUCGCAGGUCGGCGACCUCACCAUCACCAACAUUCAGAGGUCCGAUGUUGGUUACUACAGCUGCCAGGCACUCAAUGUAGCUGGGAGUGUCAUCAUCAAAGUCUUCCUGGAGGUGACGGACGUCAUUUCAGACAGGCCUCCCCCUGUCAUUCGCCAAGGUCCCACCAAUCAGACGGUUGCUGUGGACAGCACGGUGGUCCUCGGGUGCCUGGCCAGUGGAACACCCCCACCCACCAUCCUCUGGAGAAAAGAUGGAGUCUUGGUCUCCACCCAUGACUCACGCAUCAAGCAGCAAGAAACAGGAGCCCUGCAGAUCCAUUACACCAAGCUGGGUGACUCUGGUGUCUACACGUGUAUAGCCUCAACACCAAGUGGUGAAGCAACAUGGAGUGCACGCGUUGAUGUUCAAGAGUUCGGGACUCCAGUUUUACCUCCUCGGGUACCAGACCCCAACCUCAUUCCUGGAAUGCCAUCCAAGCCGGAAGUGAGGAAUGUCAGCAAAAAUGGGGUGACGCUGAUUUGGAAACCAAACAUGAAUUCUGGAGCCACCCCGAUCUCCUACGUCAUUGAGGCCUUCAGUCAUGCAGCCGGGAGCAGCUGGCAAACAGUCGCUGACCGGGUGAAAACUGAUACAUACGCCAUUAAAAACCUGAGAUCUAAUGCUGUCUACCUUUUCCUGAUCCGAGCAGUCAAUGCUUACGGUCUCAGUGAUCCAAGUCCAAUAUCAGACCCAGUCAAAACCCAAGAUGUCCCACCCACUGGUCAAGGUGUUGACCACAGACAGGUACAGCGGGAGCUUGGUGACGUGAUUGUUCAUCUCCAUAAUCCCAUCAUCCUCUCUUCAUCUUCAAUCCAGAUCCACUGGACUGUGGAUCAGCAAUCACAGUACAUCCAGGGAUACAGGAUACUGUACAGGCCCACAGUGGUGGACAAGCAGCCUGAGAUUGAGUGGUCAGUCUUUGAGGUGAGGUCAGCGACUGACCGGAGUGCUGUGCUCCCUAAGUUGAAGAAAGGAAUGGGCUACGACAUCAAAGUGCGCCCAUUCUUCAAUGAGUUCCAGGGCGCAGACAGUGAUGUGAAAUACGCCAAGACCAUGGAGGAAGCUCCCAGUGCCCCCCCUCAGAGCGUCACAGUCACACUGAAUGAUGGGAAUGGGACUGGCAUCGUGGUUGCUUGGCAACCACCCCCAGAAGACUCUCUGAACGGUGAUCUCCAGGAGUACAAGGUCUGGUGCCUGGGGAAUGAGAGCCGCUACCACAUUAACCGGACAGUGGCGGGCACAGCGCUGUCCGUCGUCAUCCCAUCUCUCGCCCCUGGGGUGCGCUAUCGUGUCGAGGUGGCAGCCAGCAACAGAGCAGGCCAUGGGGUGAAGAGUGAAGCUCAGUACAUUCAACUUGAUUCUUUCGGAAGACUGAGCCCAGAGCAGUCAGAUGACCAGGUCAGCCUAUCCCAGCAGAUUUCCGAUGUGGUGAAACAGCCGGCAUUCAUCGCUGGGAUUGGUGCGGCGUGUUGGAUCAUCCUGAUGGUCUUCAGUAUCUGGCUGUACCGACACCGAAAGAAACGCAGCGGUUUAACCAGCAGCUACGCUGGUAUGAGGAAAGUCCCCUCUUUCACAUUCACACCGACAGUGGCCUAUCAGAGAGGGGGUGAAAGUGUGAGCAGCGGAGCAAGACCAGGUUUACUAAACAUUGGAGAUUCAAACCAACCCUGGCUAGCAGAUACCUGGCCCAACACAGGAACCAAUCACAAUGACUGUAGCAUCAACUGCUGCACCUCCACCAAUGCCAACAGUGAUAGCAACCUUACUACCUACAGCCGGCCAGCUGACUGUAUCGCCAACUAUAACAACCAGCUGGAGAAUAAACAGACCAACCUACUGCUACCCGAGUCAGCUGUCUACGGAGACAUGGACCUGAGCAACAAGAUCAAUGAGAUGAAAACCUUCAACAGCCCCAACCUGAAGGAGGGUCGCUGCCUGAACCAAACAGCACAGCCCACUCCCUACGCCACCACCCAGCUUAUCCAGAGCACACUGGGCAACAACAUGAACACUAGCGGAGCUGAUCUGAAUGACAAGCACUGGAAACCGUCACUACAGACCAAACAGGAGCUAUCCCCCAUGCAGUACAACAUCAUGGAGCAGAACAAACUCAACAAAGAUUAUCGACUAGCCGAAACGAACAGCAUUCCCACAAUCCCAUACAGCCAAGCGAGUGAACAUGGGACAAGUGGAUCCUAUAACAGUUCAGAUCGAGGUAGCAACACAUCAGGGAGCCAGGGUCACAAGAAAAGUGUCCGGACUCCAAAGUUGCCCAAACAGGGGGGCAUGAAUUGGGCAGAACUUUUGCCACCACCUCCAGCUCACCCGCCACCCACAGCAGCCAAUCCUGAGGAAUACAGCAUCAACAGAGAUGAGAGCUACGAAGGCGAUGGCCUGUGCCCAGUGCCUCCUUCCCGAAUGUACCUGCAGCAGGAUGAGCUGGAGGAGCAGGAGGAUGAUGAACGAGGCCCUACACCACCGGUCCGUGGGGCAGCCUCAUCGCCAGCCGCUGUGUCAUACAGCCAUCAGUCCACUGCCACCCUCACACCCUCACCUCAGGAGGAGCUGAUGCCCAUGUUACAGGACAGUCAGGAAAACCUGGCUCUCAUCCAGUCUGUGAGCGAUCGCAGGCGCAAUCCGGUCAGCCCCCCUCCUCCACCAAGACCCGUCUCCCCCUCCCACACGUACGGCUACAUCUCAGGGCCUCUGGUCUCUGACAUGGACACAGACGCACCUGAGGAAGAGGAGGAUGAUGAGGGGGAGGAGGAAGUGGAAGUAUCCAAGAUGCACAGCUGCCGUCUGCUCCUUCACAGCCUGCAGCAAACCCCUGCCUCCAGCAUGGGGGACCUGGAGAGCUCCGUCACUGGCUCCAUGAUCAAUGGCUGGGGCUCAGCCUCUGAGGAGGACGCCAACUCAUCCAGUGGGCGUUCCAGCGCUGUCAGCUCCUCUGACGGCUCCUUCUUCACCGACGCAGACUUUGCACACGCUGUGGCAGCAGCUGCUGAGUACGCCGGCCUCAAGGUUGCUCGACACCAGCUACACGAUGCAGCAGGCCACCGACAGUUUCCCUCAUCACAUUGUCCUCGACCCACCAGCCCUUUCUCCACCGACAGUAAUGCGAGUGCUGCUGUGAUGCAGAAACCCCGACCAGUAAAGAAACUGAAACACCAAGCGGCACACGUGCGUCGCGAAAUCUUCACUGACGAGCUGCCUCCUCCUCCGAUUCCCCCUCCUGCCAUCAAAUCGCCCAGCUUCCAGACAAAGGGUCACCUGGAGGCUUGGCCACCCAUGGUCCCGAAAUCCCAUGCAGCGGAACAGAGGGUGGAGCGAGCCGGGGACAGCAGGAAGGCCAGCGGCCUCCGAGGAAGAGAAGGCGCGGAUGCCCAGCACCUUCCCGAAAGCCGCACAAACCCGCCAGAGUGCCGAGACCUUCCUGAUGCCUGGCAGCAGGAAGCCCAUGGAGCCAAGCAACGCCUGAACAAGGCCAGCAAGCGGGAACCUUCCCAGCCAAAGGCCCGCCUUCCAACAGGGGUCCCAGAGGAUGUGCUUCCUUACAGCCGGCCAACAUUCCCCUCUGCACAGAAUCCCAGGGAACCCAGCUCCUCCAGCUCCAUGUCUUCAAGAGGGUCUGGAGGUCGGAGAAGAGCGGAACAACUCAUGGCCAGCAGCACCAGUGGCAUUUCCCGCAGGAAUCCGAUGGACACUGGCCUUCAGGAAAUGGGAACAUAUGAAUGUGAGGAAGAAGACCUUGAGGAGACUGAGAGCUGAAGAACAAAGUGACAUCAAAUGAUGAACUCCGAUUGCACUUUGGAGAGAUCUAUAACAGUUUUUGUAAAACUCCUGCCCAUUGAUGAUAUUUGAUGCCAGAUAUAAUGUUUGGUGCAACAGUAGACCAUGUAAAUUAUCAAUGUUUGCAUCGUAUUGAUUGACCACGUCCUUUUUUAAAAUUGUUUCAAUUUUGACUUUUCAUUUCUUUCUGAGUGGGGUGGGGAGGGACGAUCUUGGCUUUUAAUGAUAAUUUAUGUCUUGAUUUAACCAUCACUCAAUUUGAAAACUUCUUUUCUUGAUCAAGAGUGAAUUAGUUCCUACAACAUGAAAAAUCGAAAUGGGGUGAUUCAUAUUGUAAAUAUGUACUGGAUUUUUUUCUUGCACCUCAUUAAACCCCCAGGUUCCCAUUCAGCUCUGUUGUAAAUAAGGCGUGUGUUAAACACCAUCCUCCAAAGAAUGGCCAUUUUGGCAAAAAGCUGAAUUUUUUUUUAAUAAUAUAUAUAAUUUUUUUUGUCGUUGUAAUGCACUGUUUUAAUUUUUUUUGGUUUAUUUCUUGGUUUCAAAAGCACAAUCACUAAUUUUGAAAGGAAAACCAUUCUUCAAUGGUACUUAUGAAUCUCCGACAUGUAUGCGGAGAAUUGAGUGCAACGAAAGAAGGUGAGGGGGGGGUGGGGAAAUGAGGAGAUAGGAGAAGCGUUCAAUUUUUCAACCGUUGGGAGUUAGCAGCUGACUUUGGGGGAGGGGGAAGUGAGGGGGAGCACACGGAAAUGUGAGGUUCAAUUCGGGACAAAAUAGGGAGUCCCAAUGCUUGCACAGAACCAAGUGAAAGAAGCAAAGAUUUCAUUUGGUCUCUUGCAAGAGAAGGUUCUUGUCAAGAAGAAGACUUGAGACAAACAUUGUGGCCGUUUACAGUCAAGGAGACCAGUCUGUGUAAACUUCAGUGAGGACUUUUGCCACUGUAAAAUCUCUUCAAUGUUCUGUGCUGAUCUCUAAGCUGCUUCUGCUCAGUAUGGUGUUAGAGAAGUGCAGGAGGUAAGAGAGAUACGGUAACAGAGUGCUGCUUGGAAACAGCAAUAUUAUUAACAGGGUACAACGUUUUACAUUUGAGGGAAGGUACAGGUUUAUAUUUGGUAGCCCCCUACAAAACUGAAGAGAGAUCACUUUUUAAUCUCGUAUGGCAGGUGGUGUCAUUGGAUCAAGGUUUAACUUUGGCCUUCUGUUUUGUGGUACUAAAGACGGUGGUGUAUCCUGCAAAGGGAAUCGGCAAACCUGUCUACAAUGUUUGGUACUUUUUAUGUAAGAGUUCUUUUCCGUAGUCAUAAAUUUACGUAUUCGGGAUCAAAUAAUCCUUAAAAGUGUAAUUUCCUUGCCACAUUAUUUAUUAAAAAUUGUCCUCAAAAUCA